GCUGGCAGUUCCGCGGCGGGGAUGCGGAGGAGCGCUGUGUCCGCGAGCAGCCCUUGCCACUGCGGACUUCAGAGGCACUCCAGGCCGUGAAAACCGUGCACCGCGGCCAAUCCCAGGCUUCCGAGGCCAUUCACCGCUCCAGAAGCCGGACGGGAGGAGAGUCCAGCGAGGCAGCAGCCGUUCCCGGAUUCUGGGCUCUCGGAGCGUUCUGGAACCCUGAGAGACACCCCGGGGUUCUAGAACCUCCCCAGCGGCGCCCAGUCCCGGCUUCCUGCGUGCGUCUGUCCACAACCCCCUCCGGUGCACCGGUCGUCGGCGAGUUGCGGCUGGGUCCUGGCGCACACCAUGAUCGUUGCGGACCCCGAAUGCCGCGCGGAGCUUAAGGGCUACCUCCCGUUCUCCCGGGGCGGCGGCGGCGGCGGCGGCCCCGGGGCUGGAGAGGAGCAGAGGGUGAGGCGGGCUCGGGGAGGUCCUCGAGGACCCAGCGCCUUCAUCCCAGUGGAGGAGGUCCUUCAGGAGGGAGCUGAGAGCCUUGAGCAAAACCUGGGGCUGGAGGCACUGAUGUCCUCUGGGCGUGUGGACAACCUGGCAGUGGUGAUGGGCCUGCACCCUGACUACCUUAGCAGAUUCUGGCGCCUACACUAUCUACUGCUGCACACAGAUGGGCCUCUGGCCAGCUCCUGGUGCCAUUACAUUGCCAUCAUGGCUGCUGCCCGCCACCAGUGUUCCUACCUGGUGGGCUCUCACAUGGCUGAGUUUCUGCAGACUGGUGGUGACCCUGAGUGGCUGCUUGGCCUCCACCAUGCCCCUGAGAAGCUUCGCAAGCUUAAUGAGAUCAACAAGUUGCUGGCACAUCGUCCGUGGCUCAUCACCAAGGAGCAUAUCCAGGCCUUGUUGAAGACGGGCGAGCAUAGCUGGUCCCUGGCUGAGCUCAUCCAGGCCCUGGUCCUGCUCACCCACUGUCACUCGCUGGCCUCCUUCGUAUUUGGCUGUGGCAUCCUCCCUGAGGGGGACCCAGAAGGUAGCCCUGUUCCCCAGGCACCUUCACCCCCCAGCGAGCAAAGCAGCCCCCCCAGCAGGGACUCAUUGAACAAUUCUGGGGGCUUCGAAGCUGCCCGUGACGUGGAGGCUUUGAUGGAACGCAUGAGGCAGCUGCAGGAGAACCUAUUGCGGGAUGAGGGAGCAUCUCAGGAGGAGAUGGAGAGCCGCUUUGAGCUGGAGAAGUCAGAGAGCCUGCUGGUGACCCCCUCAGCUGACAUUCUGGAGCCCUCUCCACACCCAGACAUACUGUGCUUUGUAGAAGACCCCUCUUUUGGAUAUGAGGACUUCACCCGGCGAGGGACCCAGGCACCCCCUACCUUUCGUGCCCAGGAUUAUACCUGGGAAGACCAUGGCUACUCCCUGAUCCAGCGGCUCUACCCCGAGGGUGGACAGCUGCUGGACGAGAAGUUCCAGGCGGCCUACAGCCUCACCUACAAUACCAUGGCCAUGCACAGUGGAGUGGACACCUCCAUGCUCCGCAGGGCCAUCUGGAACUACAUCCACUGCGUCUUUGGCAUCAGGUAUGAUGACUAUGACUAUGGGGAGGUGAACCAGCUUCUGGAGCGGAACCUCAAGGUCUAUAUCAAAACGGUGGCCUGCUACCCAGAGAAGACCACCCGGAGAAUGUACAGCGUCUUUUGGAGGCACUUCCGCCACUCGGAGAAGGUCCACGUGAACUUGCUGCUCCUGGAGGCCCGCAUGCAAGCUGCCCUGCUCUAUGCCCUUCGUGCCAUCACCCGCUAUAUGACCUGACUCCCACACAGGACCUGGGCCCGGACCAGCUGACUGUGGGAGCAUCGUCCUCCUUGCAAGAACUUCUCUAUUUGGAGACAGACCUGAUCCCUUUCUGUCCCGUGCCCACCCACCACACUGUGGGAUGGGAUUUUGUGUGAGGUACCGCCUCCAAGCCACAUCCUCCGUUUUCUCACUGGAAUGAACAGGAUCUCUGGGAUCUCAGCUUUGGCCCUGGGAGCUGGAAGAGGACUAGCAAGUCCCCAGGUGCCCUUCUUCCUGCCCCUGAACCCAGAAGCAGAGGGCUCAGGAAGUAAAAUGGGCUGAGUUCUGACUUGUGUGCCCUAAGCUGGGCCCCAGGCACCACAAGUACUGUAGCCUUCCUGGACUGGGAAGGUCCCCAGCUGGCCUCCGAGGGAGAGGGGCAAACACCUCCAGGGACCGACACUCCAAACAGCUUUCCUUUUCCUUCUCCCUCAUUCUGAUUUCAUUACCUCUCACCUACCAUUAACCCAUCAAUGUGAAAGUCAGGGUCACAGCUGGCCUGUGCAUCCAGCUCCCCAAAAACCUGUUCUGUUGGGCAGCCUGACGGCCCCUUGUUUCCUGAUUGCCCCAGUCCUACUUCACCUCCUUUGACCUCCUUUGACCUAUCCUUUUCUCCCACAGCUGGUGGUAUGAGGCCCCAGGAAGGAGACCAAGCACAUCAAAAGUCUCUAGAUUAUCUCUAGAUAAUUUGAGUAACUCUGUUGGUCACUUUGCCUUCUGAAGUAUAGGGAGUAUUAGAUUAUAAAUUCUCUGUAUUUUGGUCCUUUAUCGGUGAAGUUCAAACCUCUUCAGGGCCUCACCUCUAGAGCCACAGUCCAUGGCUGUGAGUAGGAGGACAGGGGGCAAUCUCUUCUCCCCAGAGCUGCCCAGCCCGGCACCCUACUUUCCUGUCUCCUGUGGCUCUGCUGCAGAUGUUUGCCAAAAACUUGAUCCUUUCUAGGUGGCACAUGGCCCAGUGGGUUUCUUGUUUGGGCUAGGUGACUGUGGCUAUGUUGCCAAAUCUCCUUGACCUCGAUUUCCGCAGUUUCAGACUAAGGGGAGGGGCUAAGUUUCCAUGUCUGAGUCUUCACUCUGAGUUUCUCAGGCCAACCUGCCAGUAGUGAACUGCAAAUCUUGCAGGAUUUUGAAGGCCUCUGGUGACUCCCACUCUUGCAGUCAGUCUCCUGGCUACCUUUCAAGGACCACCCAGUUUCUGUCCCCUUCUCAAUUUUAUAGGGGGAUUGCUUGGAGCCAGAAGCAGCCAAGGACUGAUUCCAGGCACUUUCUGUAGCAAACAAGCUGUGAAUUAUGACUUCCCUUGCCCUUCUUCCAGCAUUAUGUGCCUCCUCUCUUGACUGGUUUGGAGGUGACUGAAGAAAGACAAGGGCCAAUAUGCUGCU